UUGCAGUAAUUUUUAGAGAGAGAAUAACCCAACAAGAAAGAGAAACGGGGACCUCCCUCUAGAGAGAGAAACCCACGUCUGCAAGCCUAUGGAUCCACAGAAACAGCACAAGCAAGGGAAAAAACCCAAGAACCCCAACAAAUCAGAUCCCUCCUUCCAGUCGAGCUCCACAGUGAAAGGCCUGCGCUUCGGUGGCCAGCUGAUGAUCAAGAAAUUCACAAUCAGGCGUGCGUCGCCGCUCGAGCUCCAACGCCUUCUCUCUCUGCAACCCCCAAAGCCCAACCCCUUCCCCUCAACUUCUGUUUUCAUCCCCACCAACUUCACCAUCCUCGCUCAACACGCAUGGCACACUCUCACACUAGGCCUUGGAACCAAGAAAUCAAAGGUAAUUCUCUUUGUGUUCGAAUCCGAACAGUUGAGAGCCGGAGCAGAGAAGUCGUGGCCUAGCGAAAUUGCGCUCGGUGAUGUGAACAGGAGGCUCGUAAGAGGGCUAAAUGGGUGCGAAAUGGCUCGGUUUAAGUUCAGGAAAGGGUGUGUUACGUUCUAUUUGUAUGCAGUUAGGCCAGAAGGGGCGGUGGGGUUUAGGAGGGCAGAGGAUUUGAGGCAGAUAUUGCAGGCGGUGGUGCAGUUGAAUGAUUUCCUCGAUCAUACGGCGAUGCUCGCAAUGCCGCACCAGAGGUCCAUUGGGUACGUGCCCCCGGCGCCAAUGGCCAUGGCUCACUGAGAUGAGUUCAGUUGUCAAUUCUCUCUCUCUCUCUAUCCAUUGACUUCAUAUUUUCUCUCCCCCUUCAUUGUUUCACUGAAAAUAGUUCAGUCUCCUUUCUCUCUAUGUUGGUGACCACGUGAGUUCUCUCUCUGUCAUGAGAUGAACUGAAUCUUUCUCUUUCUUUUCUUUUUUUGGGGGGCCAUUUAAUUUUGGGAUUGUUAACAAAUGGUGGUGGGAUUUUACAGUUAACAUGUCUUCUUCUUCCUCGCCAUCUCCUUCUUCUUCUGGAGCUAUCUUCUGCUUCGCCAUCUCCUUCUUCUUCUGGAGCUUCUCUGUUUCAUGUCUAACAUUUAUUUUUAUUUUUAUUUGCAUCUUUAUUUUCUGUUUUUGUGGAAGUUGAGGUUGAAUGUAAUGUAAGUGAAUUUUUUGAUAUUAAAAUUGGGUUUUGCUUUGA